AUGGAGCGAGUCUGGGUGCGGGACCGAGUGCUGGCCGGUCGCCGGCUCGUGAUACGAGCCACGGAGUGGCUGCUGUGGGACGUGUGCUACUGGAUGUACCGCCGAGCGACGGGAAUCGCCGUGACCGGGCAGCGCGACGGCAACACGCAGACGACGACGGCGUCGUCGUCGUCGUCGCAGCCGUCCGCCGUCGCGCCUACCCAGGGGGAGACGUCCGCGUCGUCGCGCGGCGGCGGCGGCGACCCGUCGUGCCGGAGCGAGGUGUGCCGGUACUGCCGCGCCAUGGAGAAGACGCUGCUCUGGCAGGACUUCACCUUCUUCAUCAACCUCUAUCUGAUCAUCGCGCUCAACGUGACGUUCUGGUUCUACAGCUUAUUAGGGAUACCGGAGUCGCAGGUACCAUUCAGAAUUGUCACCGUGUAUUCAAUUAACCAAUUACUGGUCGCUUUCCGAUUCAUGGACACCUUGGCCCCUGCAGUGGAAUGUCAAAGGGUGUGCAGUAAGUUUCACUGGCUGUGGAGAAGCCUGCGGAAGUUGCGGAGCGAGAAACCAGGAUUGCAUUGCAUCGUCCUUUGUCUCGUGGCCUUCGGCCUGUGGCUCCUCGGCCACAUCAAUCCGUCGACCUCUCACUCGAUAUACUGGGGCAUUGUAUUGGCAUCUCUGGUACUGCGAUUACCCCUAAAACUGUCUGACAAAAUAUCGGAGUACUUUAUGUCGCACAGAGAAUGGCAAUGCGACAGCGAAAUCGAGGAUGAAUUUUUACCCGUGGUAACAGAGGCGAAUCUGCAGGUGUUGAAUCGAGUGGGCGAGACGGGCGAUCAUUCGCCGACACCGACGAGCGGGCUGUCGGACACUCAGAAUGAUUCUUUUUACGACGAGGACUUCAUAGAGGGUCUCCAGGAGAUAGCGUUCAACAUGCCCUACCACGGCGAGGGUAGCACCGACGGCGUCGAGCUGUCGGAGCUGGAGCUCAGCGUCGGCGAGAACGACGCCGAGGAGGACGGCAUCAAGUUCAAGGCCAGCCACUUCGACAAGAGCUCCUCGUCCUCUUCCUCCGAGGAGGUCUUCGACGGGAAGAAGAUAGCCGCCGCGGUCAGCAGCGACGAGAGCAACAACGGCGACAGCGACUUCGAGAUAAUCGACAAGGAGGAGAUAGCGAAGAUAGAAAUGUGAUGAAGCGCGACACGGCGGCGUGAAAGUACGGAGGGCGGAUUAUCGCGCGCGAUUAAAUUUACGAUGUAAAGGGGGGGAAAAAAAAACCAUCUCUGAUCUCCGCGGGCGGGCGCGAGAAUGGAGGAUUGUAAAAAGAGAGUCAGUCGAGAGCAAACGACAAUCGAUUUAUCAUCGAUUUCGGUUGAAGCACCGCGAUCGUCCCGGCCGAAUAUGAUGGUAAAGCGAGAUAAGUAAACUAAUAUAUUAUAUCGUUUUUAUUAAGUUCAAUCAAAUUUUUAUUAAGUUCAAUUCAAUCUCCCGAUCGCAACGUUCGUUGUACUCGCGCGCGCGCGUACAAAGUAUCGAGCUUGGUCGGCGGAAGGCGCGAAGGUAGGAGAGUAAGAGAGAGAGAGAGAGAAUUUAUUUAUUUAGACGAAUUCAGUGGGACGCCCGUAUUCCUUCGUUCUCCACCGCUUCUAGUCUUGCGCUACUCUCCCAUGAUAGAAGAAGUAACGAAGAGUGGAAAGGGGCAGAGAAUCUUAAGAAUCGCGGGGCUCAACUGUAGAUAACGUAUAUGUAUAUGUACAAUACGAUAUCCCGCUGUGAGGGGGGUAUAUUGUAUUCAAUGUCUUUGGAUGAUAAAAUAGGCGUAUGUACAUUUGCAAUGUAAUAAAUAUGCACCUGUGUACAAACGUUUUAACCCGCGAGAGAGAGAGAGAGAGAGAGAGAGAGAGAGAGAGAGAGAGAGAGAGAGGGGGCGAGAGAGUUUUGACCUAAUUACCGCAGUUGAGCAAUUGGCGCAAUGCUGCGCCGUACAGAACAGUGAGGAAAAGGUACCUAAAAUAUGAUCAACAAAAAAAAAGCUGCACUUCGGUAGCGCAAACAAACAAUUUUAGAUGUGUAAGAAUGUAUUAUAUUGUAACAUGUGUCUGUGAGAUGUGUAAAAGGAUUAAAACAAAAAAAAAAGAAAAACUUAACAAUGCGCGAGAAGAUAUUGACGAAGUGUUUUGUCGAGAGUCCGACGCGGUUUUUGUAGCCCGUUUAUAAUUGGUGUUUACCGUCUUGCUGCUCUUGUCUACGCAUCUCGUAUAUUUGAAAAUACACGACAGACUAUACAAAAA